AAAAAAUAAUAAUACUAAACUCCAAGAAGUCUGUGGAGGAGGCUAGAACUAAAUAUUUUGCAGUCAAAACCUGCCGUGUGGACAGCUACAUCUGAAUGUGAUUGGGAAUCUGAAAUCGUUGAAUCAAGAAUGUUACUGAGUCGACGUUAUGAAAGUAAUUUAAUCCGACGAUCACCUAAGAUUUUAUUUAACUUAUUGGUCUUUUUUUAGAAGCUUAACAUUACAUAUGUUUAUGGACAUUCCGUUUAAUGUUAAUAUUGUGGUGUAUAUAUAACCAAGAACAUAUAUUACGUAUAAUCCUCCUUCAUUAAAAUGUCACCAAUAAUUUCUUGGGCAAUUGGCGGACUAAACUAUUUCCAAAACAUCAACGUGCCAUGACCUUAUACCAAAUAAUGUUAACCAUUAAACUGAAAAAGGCCAUUAAGGAUUUUUUAUUAUAAAGGUUUCCAAUUGAUUAUGCAAAUGUUCUAAUUUGCAUAAAUUAUAUCAAUGAUUCUCUCUACCCAAUUAUCACAAGUUGUCCAAGGUUUAAAAGUCUGAACUUACAAUGUAACAAAGGCUAUUCUUGCGAUGAGCCCAAGAACUAUCUUAAAAAUCAUGAUUCCACCAUUCCCAUAACACAAGAUAUCAAAACCGGGAGUUCUGCUUCAGUACCAAGGAAAGAUGCCAGGGGUGUCCAAAAUAUAGACUAGUAAUCUUUUUUUUUGAUAGGUCAACGAAGACUUAUCUGCCUUCAAAAUUUCAUUACAAUCCAUCCAUAUAGCUUCUUGAGUUAUCAAUAUAUUGCUAAACCACAUCCAAACAUACAUUACAUACAAACAAAUGCUAAAGAUUAUAUAUAUAUUAAACUUAGGUGACAACAACAUUCUCAUGAUUUCAGAUUCCCAAUCACAUAAAAAUGGAGCUGCCCUCUGGACAGAUUUUGACUGCGAAAUAUUCAGUUGUAUUAUACGUAGUAAAAUGACAUAUCGCAUAGCAAACUUCAUUGGCAGGUGAAGAAAAUGCAUGUUUGUUGCCGCGCGAACGCAACCUUGGCCUGACACUCUGGCACACGAGCACCAUCGCUCCCAAGAGGUGCGAUGACCGCACAAGAGUGCUAUCACUUCUAGGGGGUGUCAUGCCCACGUACAGACGCCAUUGCUUCAAUUGUUUGUUUUUUUUUGGAGGGGGGGCUACAGUGCCCACACAUUGGUGGUAUUGCUUCUAGGGGGUGUCAUGCCCACUCGUGGGCGCCAUCGCCAUCUCUCCCAGUUCUUCCAUGACUAACUGUGCACACUCCGUUUUUCAGCAACAGUAAAGUCACUCUGCAUCUAAGUGCUCACUCUGUGGUCUGUUUCCGCGACUAUAGUGCACACCCUGGUUCCAUGAUUCUAUGGUGCACGCCCUGGUUCUGCAACUAGUCUGCGAGUACACUGUCCAGUCACCCUGGUUCCCAGAUGCGAGUACACUGUCCAGUCACCCUGGUUCCCAGAUGCGAGUACACUGUCCAGUCACCCUGAUUCCCAGAUGCGAGUACACUGUCCAGUCACCCUGAUUCCCAGAUGUGAGUACACUGUCCAGUCACCCUGGUUCCCAGAGAUGCGAGUACACUGUCCAGUCACCCUGGUUCCCAGAGAUGCAAGUACACUGUCCAGCCACCCUGGUUCCCAGAUACGAGUACACUGUCCAGUCACCCUGGUUCCCAGAGAUGCGAGUACACUGUCCAGUCACCCUGGUUCCCAGAUACGAGUACACUGUCCAGUCACCCUGGUUCCCAGAGAUGCGAGUACACUGUCCAGUCACCCUGGUUCCCAGAUGCGAGUACACUGUCCAGUCACCCUGGUUCCCAGAUGCGAGUACACUGUCCAGUCACCCUGGUUCCCAGAUGCGAGUACACUGUCAAGUCACCCUGGUUCCCAGAUGCAAGUACACUGUCCAGUCACCCUGGUUCCCAGAUGCGAGUACACUGUCCAGUCACCCUGGUUCCCAGAUGCGAGUACACUGUCCAGUCACCCUGGUUCCCAGAUGCGAGUACACUGUCCAGUCACCCUGGUUCCCAGAUGCGAGUACACUGUCCAGUCACCCUGAUUCCCAGAUGCGAGUACACUGUCCAGUCACCCUGGUUCCCAGAUGCGAGUACACUGUCCAGUCACCCUGGUUCCCAGAUGCGAGUACACUGUCCAGUCACCCUGGUUCCUAGACUGGUUCCCCGACUAAGUCCCCCCCUAGUCUCACAAGUAACACUGUCCUGUGUCACCCUGGUUAUGAGACUGACGGUGCACUUAUUUACGGAACAUAUAAUAUACAUAUUUUUCCCGGGUCAGAAACC